AGUCCGCUCCACUCACAACUCACAUUUCGGGCCAAAUUCUCAAAAAUGAACACCCUGCGGAAACUGAACAGCCUGCCGCCCUUGAGAUCGGUGGGCGGUGCCUAUCGUCUGCUUGCUUCCAAGGAUCAGAAGAAGGAUGCCGCGGGGCAGAAGGCCAGACAGCCGGAAAAGCCGGCGGGCAAGUGUAAGGGCAAGGAUGGUGGCCAGGCCAAGGGCGCAGGAUCCCCGCAGGCUGACCCCGGCAAGAAGGUCACCAAGGUGUCCCUGAUCAACGGCGAGGGCGUGGGACCCGAGCUGAUGAACGCGGUGCAGGAGGUUAUUUGUGCCGUAAAGGCGCCAAUAGAGUGGGAUGUCCUCGAGGAGUUCAUGGCCAAGGACAGCGAGGACGUGUCCCCGGAGGUCCUUCAGUCCCUGCGAGCCCACAAGGUGGGCAUCAAGGGACCCGUGGACAGUCGCCACUGGCAGCGCGAGAUCCGCAAGCAGUUCGCCCAGUUCGCCUACGUGUCCUUGUGCUCCCACAUCGAGGGUCUGGACUCGCCCUACGGCGCCUUCGACGUGGUCAUCAUCCGGGACCAGAUGGAGGGCGACUACUCCGGCAUCGAGCACCGGGUGGUCCCGGGUGUCAUGCAGACCAUCAAGGUCAGCACCACGGCCGGAGCGUCCAGGAUCGCCCAGUUCGUCUUCGACUACGCCGUGAAGCACAACCGCAAAAGGAUCACGGUGGCCCACAAGGCCAACAUCAUGCGGAUGACGGACGGCAACUUCCUGGAGGCCAUGCGCGCGGAGGCCGAGAAGCACGUGGACGACGUCAUCUUCGAGGAGCGCUACCUGGACACCUGCAUCCUGAGGAUCCUGGUGAAGCCCGAAAAGUGCGACGUGAUGGUCUCGUCCAGCAUGUACGGCGACGUGCUGCGGGUGAUAGCCGGCGGCAUGAUGGGUGCGCCGGGCAUCUGUCCCGGCUACUCCGUCAGCUCCCUGGGCACCGUGUUCGACUCCCGGAUGAAGGCGCACCAAGAGCUCGCGGGCAAGGAUCUAGCCAAUCCCACGGGCUCCCUGCUCUGUGCCGCCCUCAUGCUGCGCCACGUGCAGAUGGACAAGCAGGCUGACCAGGUCGAGUGCGCCAUUCGCAAGGUCUACAAGGACACCGAUAUCCGCACCAAGGAUGUGGGCGGCAAGGCCAAGUGCUCAGAGUUCGUCAAGGCCGUGUGCGAUUGCCUCGAAGCAGAUAAUUGAAGCGAUGUUCUUGCCACAAAAUUAGCUAUCCUAUGAAACCACGUAUGCUGUAUCUUCUAUCAAACCAUUCCAAGAUAUAUGUAUUAACAUUAAAGGAACAUUGAAAAAGA